GCUUCUUCGAUCCACUGCCAUUGCCUAGGUAGGUACGAAGUAUCCUCAUGUCCCAGCUUUAUUCCGUUACUUAUUAUCCAUACCACCGGCUACACAGACAGACAAGGGAACUUCAACUGUAACCGCACCGGCCGAGCCCGAAAUAUAGCGCACAUCGAGCGAUUCUCGCAAAACUGCAAUUGAUUGAUUGAUUGAUUGAUUGUUCGACCCAUCACCAAUCCUCGCUCCCUUCUCGCCUUUCUCCCUCGAUACUUACCUAUACAACAGCGUUAAUAGCACACAUACAUACAUACAUACACACACACAAAAACCACAAUGGUUGCCGACGCAGUAAUCUACCACCCUACGGUGUCGCACUACCUGAAAUUCGUCGCGACAACCAACGGCCGCGACAAGCUCCUGCGCACAGUACAGUACUUCGCGCGCUUCUACGCGUGGUACCUAUACCGCACGAACGGCACGCGGGGGGAGAUCGCGCCGUACGAGGCGCUCAAGAAGCAGCUGGGCCUGGCGCGCAAGCUCCUGCGCCUCGGCAAGAACGUCGAACACUUCCGGGCCGCGGCCCAGGCGGCCGACGCCAUCAGGGCCGGGGGAGCAGCCAAGGCCGGAGGAGACGACCCGGUGCUGCGGUACGCGGCGGUGGGCCGGCAGCUGGGCUACGCGGGGUACCUGACGUUCGACGCGGCGACCAUCUUGGACGCGCUGGGCGUGCGCAGGUGGGAGGGCGCCAAGAGGGCGCAGAAGGAGGCGUAUCGGUUCUGGGCGAUGGGUAUCUUGUGCAGUAUCGUUGCGCAGACGUAUACCCUGUACAAGCUGCGGGAGCGCGAGGCCAAGGUUGAUAAGAAGGAGGGUGAGGGAGUGGUGGAGAGUAAGAGGAUUGCUAUGGAACGCAAUGCUAGCCGGCUCCAGCUCAUCUCGGACCUGUGCGAUCUUACGGCGCCGACGUCGGCGCUGGGCUGGGUCAAAUUCGAUGAUGGGAUUGUUGGUCUGGCGGGUACGGUGAGCAGUUUGAUCGGCGUUUACACGCAGUGGAAGAAGACGGCGUAAGGGGGGUUGGUUAAGGUUAAAGCUGGUGUUCUGGGCGGAACCGUGUAAGGAAAGGAGUCUACGAUCAAUGGGAAACAAGAAGUAAGAGCCGGUGUCUCGGCGAGGAGAAGGACAUUUCGAUGCGAGGAAUCUGAGCAAUAUGUGAUGACCUUGGAGCGUUCUGCUCGAUGCGCGAGGAUGAAGUCGCAGUGUACAAAAUUAGCAGUUUUUCAAACCCGGUUCUAGACGAUAGAGAUCGAGCUAGGAAGAAAGGAGUUUAUGACGUAGGGAGUUAACUGGUGGAAUUUUUGAUUCGAGUUGGAUAGGAACGAGUAUUUC